CCUUUUCCAUAAGUUAACUUGUACAGAAUCCAUUCACCUCUUGAAUCGUCUGUGGCAAUGAACUUCCGGUGAUAGUGAAGCUGACUUGACACACGGGGGGCAGCUACACGACUGUAACUCUCAAGCGGAGAUUUUUGUUUUGAGAUCAACGCAAUAUAUAGUAAGAUGGCUUGGAAGAUAAGACACGUCCGACAGAAGCUUCACCAGGAGGCAGUGAAGCUGGACCGGUCCUGCAGUCUCGAGGCGCCCAGCGACUCUGUGUUGUCUUCGAAUGUCCGGGACAAACACCGCAUGAUGCAUCCACGCCCAGAGAGCAACCGGAGGGACAAUCAGCACCUGGCAGGCAGCCCCUUGCCGACUGGAAUCUUUGCUGGCACUAAAAUCACCCAAGAAGCUCUGGUACAAACCCUGAAGUUUGAGAAAACUCCAGAUACACCCAUACUUGGCAGAGAAGGUCCUGACAGAACCCUGAUAGGGCGUCAGCCAGCCAAGAAAGACAAGAGGAAUGGGAGAAGGGAGAAGUGGCUGAACAAGAUCUGCUCCAUCAAACAGGCCCAAGAGGAGCAGGCAGCCAAGGCCCACAGACAGGCCAUGCCUGUGGUUGGAGACCUGAGACCGCUGGCAGAUGCCCUACCAGACCUCUGUCCAUUUAAUGGCCCAACUACUGCCACAAUCUCCACUGCUCGUCGCAUGAGCAGAAAAAACAAAAUGCCAGUGAAGAGACCUGAGCCAACAGAUUUCAGUCAGAUGAAACAGUCACAGAAACGUAAACUCCUAGAAACCGAGAGCAGCCGCUUCAGUGAUGUUAUAAAGACCCUCUGUGGAAACAUGAACCCUCUGGCUGAUAUUGGUUUUUUACUUUUUCUGGGAAACUCGACCCUGCCCACUUUGGUUAAAAAGGAGGAAGAACCUGAGAACUGGUACUCUCAUCAGUAACACGUCAGAUGAUGACAGGUCCCAUAUAAAGAUGCAAAAAUGCACUGAUUUAGGUGCCCAAGAAAGUCACAACCUGAAUUCUGAUGGGCAGCAAAUGGCAAACAGAUGUGAUGGAAGUUCAUCUUGAGAUUUGAAAUAAUGAAAUUCUCAGACUGGAGGUGCUUUUGAGUCUUUAUAAUAAUAAGCUCUGCAGAGUUUAUACAACAAGCACGGCUGCAAGUUAAAUAAAGCAAGAACUUAUACAAAGAGCAGUUCACAAAACGAUAUGAAAAAAAGAAGACAUGCCAGAACUAAUACAAAGAGGUGCUUUAUUAAUUGUAAUAUGACUUAGAUAUGAAAUCCUCCUCUGUGUCUAUUUGCUGUGUUCGUCCGCUGUAGCAAACUCCCUGUUUGCCAAGGCCACAGAAGUGAGGAUCCUGGUCAGGGGAUUUCUUCAACCUUAUCCAGUGGUCAGUGGAAUUUUCCAGUGAGAAUUCCACUGACCAGUGAGCCACAAUUUGAAUGAAAUUAUUGUUAUCAGUUUUGAGUUUGUCAGUGAGCUGAACAUCUACAUCAUGGGUGAUUGUGGCCGAUUUUCUAACCAGAAAGGUUGACCUAUCAAUCACAGUCUUCCACAUCCGGCAUGUCAAAGUGUCCUCAAGCAAGAUACUCAAUUCGUGAAUAGCAUCUACUGUUAAGCAUUUUGAUUGGUCAUCAAGAUUUGAAAAGUGCUAUAUGCAAAAAUAUUUCAGCCACUUGAAAAUAUAUGCCACAUAGUAUAAAUUCCCCAUUCCCUAUAUUUAAUAGUCAAAUUUCUAAAAUUCUUGUGUAAUGUAAAAAUGUAUCAGAAAUGAUACAUUUUGAUAAAAAAGUUGAAUGCUUGAAUUGUUGAAUCUCAUCCUAGUACAUUAUAAUUGCAGAAAGCCUCACAAUAGACCCUCAAUAUGUCUUGGUUGUCAUAUAUGAUUGUGAGUAAUGCGGUCAAGACUAACAUUUUAUAAUAAAAUCUAUAAAUAUAAUUUUAACAAUUUUGGUGAUAUUUGUCAUCAUUGUUUUGAAAUUUUGAGCCAUAUUAUUUGAAAAGUAUUAUCCAUUACUUGUACACUAAAAGUUAGGGGAACACGUAAAUCACCCAUCAGAUCUCUCAAAUGUUCCAGAGUGUCAUCAGAGGAGAGCAGA